AGAUGUAAAAUCCAAGAAUGCGAAGAAAACGCCCUGGCCAGUUUUUCACCGCCUUGGCUUAAAAAUGCAAUACCACCGUUUGGUGACGCAUUUGACAAUUGCCAUCGAUAUGUGUCUUCCGAUCAUCUGUGGAACGUGUCUGAAGAAUGUCCUACAAACUUAUUUGACAGAAGUACAACAGUGAAGUGCAGCGACUAUGUGUAUCAAUAUCAAAAUUCCGCAGUUUACGAAUUCAACCUGGCGUGCGAUGAAUGGCGUUGGUUUCUAUUCGGUUUCAUGCCACUCCUCGGCAUGACUGUAUCUUUGCCAGUAGCUGGCAUCGUGUCCGACCGAUGGGGACGUCGCUUCGCCCUUUCCAUCACGGCUUUCAACAUGGCUUGGAUCAACGCUGCUCGCUAUUGGACUAACUCUUAUACUGUCUUCAUUUUGAUUGGAUUUUUUGGGAGUGCUUUUGGAUCAGGUUGCAUGUCGUGCUGUUACACAUUAGCGCUGGAACUGGUCAGCCCCACACGCCGCAUGUUUGCUGUGAGCAUACUCACCAGCUGUACCUGUCUAGGCGCGGUAGUAAAAGGACUGCUAGCGUGGACACAGCCUUACUGGCGAGACCUCAUUCUCAUGCUUUAUCUACCAAUGUCAGUAUGCAUCAGCUAUUUCUGGAUCGCGCCGGAGUCUGUACGGUGGUUGAUGAGCCAGAAACGCUAUGAUGAAGCUAAAACCAUCUUACUAAAAGCGUCUAAUAUGAAUCGAAGAGUUUUAUCAGACAAAACUUUAAAGAAAAUAACUGAAGGCGUGAACUCUGCAAAAUCAAAGGGAGACAAUGAAACCAAUCUAUUUUCUAUUAUGGGGGAGCAUAAGACAAUACUUCUACGUUGUAUAGCCAUGUCAGUUUGGUCACUGUCAUCCGCGUUUAUGACGAAAGGCUUGGCUAUAUCUUCAGUGAGCAUUUCUGGAAAUAAGUAUGUGAAUUUCUGCAUGGUAGCUGUCGUUGCCAUACCAGGUUUUUGGACUGCUACCUUUUUAAAUGAUAAAAUUGGCAGAAGAGGUUUCUUAUUUGGUUUAUUUUGGGUCAGUGGACUUUGUCAAUUGAUAAACAUAUUCAUACCAAAAGGUUCCCACGGGAUACAAUUGGCAUUAUACCUUCUGACCAAAUUCUGUGCGGCGGCCACCACAAGCACGAUGGUUGUCUACAAAGCCGAGCUGUUCCCUACAAGCUAUCGCAGUCGGCUGACGGGAUUCACCUCCAUAUUUGCCAGAUUUGGCGGCUUCACCGCACUGCUGAUACCCGCUUUGACUGAUCGUGUAUGGAACUACCUACCGAACGUACUAUUCAGCGUUUUGGCAUUCGUCUCCAGUGUACUUAUACUAUUUACCCCUGAAACUCUCGGCGCUCCUCUGCCUGAGACCAUGGAGGAUGCUACCCGACUUGGCAAAGACGAAUGCUCUCCAGUUAUGGAUUUCAUGAGAAGAAUUAUUUAUAGAGAACACUAUGAUAUUCGUCAUGAUGUUGGUCAUGUGGAUGUUGGAAAAAUAUCUUGA